UCGGCGCACACGCUCUCUGACACAACAACCGGGGGUUACAAAUCCAAAAGACUUUAACAAUAAAAUUACUAAACGAUCGCUUUCACACACACACACACAUACGUACAGCCAGAGAGUGAGUGAGGGAGAGAGUCAAAGCGAGUACAAGAGAGAGAAAUAGGCAGGCGGGCUGGCAGGCGCGCCGAGGACUUUGCGCCUGUUAACCGAAAACAUUUGAAUUUAAAUGCGAAUCGUUGAUCAAACGGUGCAGACGUCCCGGUCGCCACCUGAGGAACUUUAUUUCCAUCGCUAGAUGCUCGUCAACAGUUGUAUUCAGUGUUUACCUCAAGGCCAGUGAGGCAAGUGCCAAGUCGAGUGACAGAAAUCGAAAUCGUAAACGAAACAUUUGAAACAUUGUGAACCCAUUGAGAAUACUUGCAAAUAAAGUGAAACAAAGAGUUUUGUGCGUGUAUGAAAUGUCUUCGUCCGAGGCUGAAGUUGAUAUAAGUGUGGUGUCCAGUCCGGAGCCGAGUCCGUUGGGUGCCGCCGGCAUGAGCAACGGCCGCGACAGCCCCAUGGCGCGCUCCGUUGAUGGAAGCUCGCCACCAGCCACGCCAACGCAUCGGUCCACGCCAAAUACUGCCGCCGGCACGCCAACAUCAACAUCAGCUGUAGCCGUACAGCAUUAUCACCAUAGCCCUAAUGGAGCUGUGCCGCCGGCGGUUUUGCAUCAUCAUCUACAGCAUCAUCUCAGUUCGCUCAGUGGCCAUCCCGUGGCCCUGCAUCACGCGCUGCACAGUUUCGGCCAUCUGCAUCCGGCUCAUGCGGCACCGCAUCCCGCUCUGUUGCAGCAUGCUGUGGCGCCGACACAUCUUGGCGAUCGUUUGGGCUCGCCGCCCGCUCUGGCUGCCAUGGCGCCCAAGUCACCUGAGCUGGAGCGCAAUGGCAGUGCUAGCGAAGAGCUUGGCCACAGCCUGAACAACAACAACAGCAAGACGGUGAAUCACAACAGCACAUGUGCCGCGGUGGCGGCAGCAGCUUCCGUUGGGGCCAACAGCAACGACAGCAACGCGAGCAGCAAUGGCAAUAAAGCCACAACCGGCUCCAACGGCUUCACCAGCUUCUCCAUCUCCAGCAUACUGAGUCGCAGCGAGCCGGCGAAAAAGAACGGCACCACAGCGUUGAUAACGCCCAUUCCGCAGUUGCCGCAGCACGGCGCAGGCGGACCACAGGAUGCGGCCAUGCUCUCCAGAUUGGGUUUCAUCUCGCAAUGGGGCGCUCUAGCUGGACGCUAUGCAGCUUUGUGUCCACCUGGCUGGCCCUGGGCACCACAGCGAAUGCCCUUCCAUAGUCCAACCCAUGACAGUUCCUCCACAAACACUACGGAAAAUCCACCAUCACCCACAUCCCUGAGCCCCAGCAGCGGAAACAACAACAACAAUAAUAACGACAACAACAAUACUGCCAAUGCCAGUAGCAACAACUCGGGCAAUGGCCACGCCAACAAAUCACCACCGCCCGGUGUGGCUGGAUCGCUCCACGGCUCACAUCACCCGCUCUAUCAGCAGCAGCAACAGCAUCCACAUGCUGCCCAGCAGCAUUUACAGCAUCCACAUCAGCCCAGCACGCCCACCAGCAGCGCCGGCGGUCUCUCGCAUCAUGGACAUCAUCUGUCGGGCUCUCAUGGGAGCGGCGGUUAUAUGCUGCCCACCAGUUCAAACGAGUCGGAUGAUGAGGGCGAAGAAAUCAUUGAGGAAGACGACGGCACCGAUGGCCCAUCCGACAGUUCCUCGCCACAUGGUGACGGCAAUAAUUCCAAGCGUAAAAAGAAGACGCGCACAGUCUUCUCGCGCGCCCAGGUAUUUCAGCUGGAGUCAACAUUCGAUCUGAAGCGGUAUCUCAGCUCGUCGGAGCGCGCCGGCCUGGCUGCCUCGCUACGCCUGACCGAGACACAGGUUAAGAUAUGGUUUCAAAAUCGUCGCAACAAAUGGAAGCGCCAGCUGGCCGCUGAGCUAGAAGCCGCCAACAUGGCCAACAUGGCGCAUGCGGCACAGCGUUUGGUGCGUGUGCCUGUCCUCUACCACGAUGGAACCACAGCUGGCUUUGUGCCUCCACCGCCGCCGCAUCAUCAUCCCAUGCAAUAUUAUGCUGCGGCCGCUGCCCGCAACACCAGCCCACCACGGCCGCCGCUGUCGUCGCUGGUAUAGAACGUGGGCUGCCUGGCGGCGCCCAUGACGCUUCUGAAGCCGCCGCCGCCAAUGCCGCCGCGAAUACCUGCGCUGCAGCUGAGACGCUGCUCCAUUGAAGCGGACUCCGAAAGUGAGCAGGAACACGUGCCGUACAUAGACGAGGACGAUGCUGCCAUCGAUGUUGAGGCCGAUGAGGACCUCGACGCCGAGCAGCAAGCCGCAAAUGUUUACGUCCGUUCAACGCCAUCUGCCGCGCCCCCGACGCCUUCCAGCACUUUUGAGCUGCGCACAAAAAACAACAAUUGCCUGGAACGCAACGAAGGUGCAAGUCAGGGCUCGUCAAUGCAGGCUGCUGCUGUGGAGAAAUCGAUAAUCCACAAGGCGCACUCCUACUGAGCAGUUGUCAGUGCCCGCGCCGCCUACCCCAAGCACGCCGCCCACACCGCCCACGCCGCCCACUCCCAGUUGCAUUGUAAAUUUCUAUUGAAAAGUUUGCCUAAAGGAUCAGUGGCUAAGUGCACAUCAAUUGGUUUCAAUGCUAACCACAAAGGCCAAAAAUUGAGAACGGCUCGCCGCGCCUCAUCAACAUAAUCGAUAAAAUCUGUAAAGUUUUGAAUAGUUUGUUCCUAAAGCUUUUGUAUAUAUACUUACUUAUAUAGGUGCUCGCCUAGCUCAAUCUAAGGAUGCGGACGCGGGCACCUUAAUCUCUGCAGCUUGGCAUUAACUAUACAGCUAAGUCAUAGCUCCUAUCUAUCUCUCUCUCUGUCUCUCCUUUUCCUCCCUCUCUGUUCUCAUUGUAAAUGCCUCUUGCUCAAUAGUUUAUAAGCCGUAUCUUGUAAAUGUAUCGCUUCCGUUUAUCGCUUUAUUUGUUCGCACUUUAGACUGUAUAUAUAAUAUUAUAUAUUCAAUAUGUUUUUGCAGCUUAAAAUAAUGCGGUUUUAUUUUGCUUUAACUUUUGAUUGCUGGUCAAAUGUAGGUUAAUCUCACAUAGUUAUGUCUGAUAAUCGUAACAAUAAUUGUCAGUUGGUUUCCAUAAACAGGCUAACCAAAAAAAUACAAUUUUAAAAAUAAACAAUGAUAUUAAAAAGAAAUUACAUAAUAUCUCAAUGUACGCUGUAUAAGCCAAAGCUACAAAGAAACUGGCAUAUGCACAUUUGUAAGUAUUAUAUCAAGCAAUUACCAAAUAACUAGUUAAAUUAUUACUUCAAUGUACUAAACACAUCGCAACCUACAUUUAAAGUAAGAAAAAAAUUAAAAUACACAAUAAAAUGCUUAUAUACCUAAAAAGAAAAUUAAUAAAAACCUAAUAAAAGAUAAUGUAA